CACUCAUGCGGAGAGCAACAACCUCCAUCCUUCGGACUGGUCUUAGGCGACGACGUCUUCACGACUUGGCCAUCGAUGCUGUGAAUCCACCCGUGCAGAUCACGACUCUACCAAACAAGAUUCGCGUAGCGACUGAGUCAACCCCCGGUCAUUUCUCGUCGGUCGGCCUUUACGUCGAUGCAGGCUCCCGCUAUGAGACACCUUCGGUAUCGGGCGUAAGCCAUUUUCUUGAUAGAAUGGCGUUCAAGACUACCGCAUCCCGCUCAGACGAGGAAAUGUCGAAUGCGAUUGACAAGUUGGGCGGCCAGAUACUCUGCUCCUCCUCUCGCGAGUCAAUCAUGUACCAGUCAUCACACUUCCACCAGGGCACGCCUCUUGCCAUGUCGCUCAUCGCGGACACCGUUAUCAACGCCGCGUUCUUACCCGAAGAAAUUAUGGCGCAGCGGGAAGCGGCACGGUACGAAAUCCGAGAGGUGACCGCGAAGCCUGAGAUGAUCCUCCCUGAAGUCCUGCACGAGGUCGCGUAUGACAGCAAGACGUUGGGAAACCCCUUGCUCUGUCCGGAGGAUCGAAUAGACGUUAUUGACGAGCCGGUUAUGCGGGGAUUCAUGAAGGAGUUGUAUCGCCCCGAACGCAUGGUGAUUGCGGGGGCGGGCAUGCCUCACGAUGCACUUGUAGAGCUUGCGGACAAGCACUUCUCAUCGCUGAAGUUCACUCCGCCACCGGCAAUCCAGCCUCAGGUCAGCUCAUCGCGUCCAGUUGCGAAUGCGCAAAUUCCUUCACAACUUCUCCCCUCAUCUUCCCCGUCAUUAUACAAGUCACUCACUCGUGCAGCAUCGUCGUAUCUGUACCCGACGUCUUCCAUUACUGGCCAGGAUCCUGCGCUCCUUGCUACUAUGCCACCGGCAGCAGCAACAUACACGGGUGGACAUCGUUUUAUUCACGAUCCGUCGUCUGAGUUCAACCAUGUCUACCUCGCGUUUGAAGGCGUGGGCAUUCAUGAUGAUGACGUCUAUGCUUUGGCAACAAUGCAGGUCCUGCUGGGAGGUGGAGGCAGCUUUUCUGCAGGCGGUCCGGGCAAGGGCAUGUACUCUCGGUUAUACACGCACAUCCUGAACCACUAUCCGCAAAUCGACCACUGCGCGUCCUUCCACCACAUAUACACCGACUCCUCCCUCUUCGGGCUCUUUGCGUCGUUCGUGCCCGCAACCGGCCGACACCAGGGCAACAGCCCCGCGCAGAUCAUCCCCCACCUAGUGCACCAGCUUAGUCUCCUGCUCUACACGCCGACGAGCAAGGUCGAGCUCUCGCGUGCGAAAAACCAGCUCAAAAGUAGCCUCAUGAUGGCCCUCGAGAGCCGCGCUGUCGAGGUGGAGGACCUCGGGCGCCAGGUGCUUGUGCACAAUCGCAAGGUUCCCGUCACAGAGAUGUGCGACAAGAUCGACGCAGUCACCCCAGACUCGUUGCGUCUGGUUGCGGCCCGGAUAUUCAGUCCAGGCUCAGCAAAGAAGGCCACCGUUGUGAGUAUGGGUCACGAGGAUCUUGGUGACUACCGCUCGGUGUUGCGGAAGUACGGGGUCGGGGGUUACUGAUCGAGCACUGUAUUACCAUGCCGCUAUUGUACCAACACCCAGCUAAUACAGCAUGCGCAAAAUUACCAUUGCGCUGGUAACUACA